GUAUCAUCACCGGUAGAGUAAUACCUCUUUUCAUCCCAAAACAACAACCAUGUCGUCCUUUUCUUCUCCAACAGCUACCGUCCCCAUGGGCGGGUCUGAUGGCGGCAAGAUCUCCUCUUCUUCUUCACAGACUACGGAAGCAGCCGUCAUUCCGCUCCCUCUGCGCAUGGUGCUCGGCGCACUUUCGGGAAUGGGAGCUGCCUCUGCCUGCCAUCCCCUUGAUGUAGUCCGAGUUCGACUUCAGACAACGGGAGGGAGCGAACAUGGCGUUCUCCGAACAACCCUUUUGGCGUACCAGCAGGGUUCGUUGUAUAAUGGAAUCGGUGCCGCCUAUCUGCGGCAGUGGACCUAUGGCUCCUGCCGAAUGGGAAUCUAUUCCUAUUUGUUGGAACGCACGAAAGCGAAGCAUGGAGGGAGCGCCGAAAAUGUUCCCUUUGCAUCUAAGCUUGGCAUGGGGAUGAUAUCGGGGGGAAUAGGUUCCUUCGUAGGAACGCCUUCGGAACUGGCUCUGGUGAGGUUGACAAACGAUGGUAAGCUCCCCGAAGCGGAACGACGAAAUUACAAGGGUGUGUUGGAUUGUCUCCGUCGCAUCGCCCUCGAAGAAGGUGGUCUUAGUGCUUGGUGGACGGGGGCGACGCCAACCAUCCUCCGGGCCACCGUAUUGAGCGCCUGUUUGAUGGGAGGGACCAGCCAGGCCAAGGGAUUUUUGAAAUCGACCGGGAGAUUUGAAAAACAGCAGCAGGACCAAAACACAGGUGACCAUAAGGGUGACUGGCUCGGUGGAGUCCCCCUCCUGUUUUGCUCCACUCUCAUCAGCUCCUUCUGCGCCAACAUUGUCGCUAAUCCAUUCGAUGUCGUGAAAUCGAGGAUGCAGAACAUGCCCCAACCCACAGCGCCCGGAAUCGAACCUCUUUACAGAGGUAGCCUGGAUUGCCUUCAAAAGAGUAUCGCAUCCGAGGGCAUCAUGGUCCUAAGCAGCGGAUUUUUACCGGCUUUUGUCAAGCUAGCACCCUAUACGGUAAUUUCCUUGACGCUUGUGGACAAGAUGACCAAAGCAAUUACGGGCAAGGAUGCUCUUUAAGGGAGUGUGUGCACUCCAGUCUAUUACCUUUCGGAKACCAACAUUGAAAGAAAUUGUUGUACAAGCAUAAGCGACGUGAUGCACGAAAGAAUGAACCGCGAAGACCAUUAUCAUCUUUGUUCGCCUAGUCUCUCYGGAGUCGGAUGGGUAGUGCAACCUARUCCAUUUACAUCUAGGGGUGCAAACCCAGUACCUACUUCUACAAUUWAUAAGUGGUAGAAAUGUGAAAUGUAAAUAUAUCUUAGGAGGGUAA